AAUAAAUAUUAAAGAAUUAAUGUCUGAAUAACAAAAUUAGCAAAAUCCAAAAAAAUGGUAGCCUAAAGAAAAGUUUGAUAAGAAAGCAAAUAAAGAAAAGCAAAAGCAAGAAUAAGAAAAAGCAGAAAUAGAAAAAAAAUAAGAAUCUAAUAAAGUUAAAUAAAAAUCUAAUAUAUAGGAAUCAAAUAAAUAAGAAUCUAAUAAAGCAGUUUAAAAAUAAAAUAGUAAAGUAGAGCAAUAAUAAUAAACAAAUCAAUAAUAAUAGGCUGUCAAUAAUAAAUAGAUUGUUUAAAUAGAUGGACCAAUGGAGUAAAAUAAAAGAAAAGAUUUUCUUUCACAUCUUCCUAUAUUUUAGGAUUAUAGUUCUGAAAGUAUAAAAUCAGUGAAAUAAAUUGAUGUAAAACUUUGCUUUAAGUAUAGCCUUAAACCUUACAUCAUUCUUUUAUCGAGCUUUGUAUUUAAUAUCAAAAUGGAUAAUGUAUAGGAUCUACCCAUCGAUGUGUUGAAUUUCUUAAUGCAUUGAAAUAAUUCAUAAAAGAUUAUAAAUUACCAAGAUAAUCAAAUUAUUUUGCUAUAGCAUUUUUGGAUGAAUUAAAGAAGAUUUUUAAUUUGAUGAAAAACUUUAGAACAGUAAAUGAAGGAAUGAGCACAUCAUAUUUAUUUAUAAAUGAGUGUUUAAUGAUAUUAAGAGAUACUAAACUUGAUGAAAAUGAGUCAAAAAUAUGGUUAUGUAAUUAAAUAGAUUAGUUUAUUUAAUCAAAAAUAAUAGCAGCAUCAGAAUUAAUAAUAAAAAAUGUAUGAUUAUAAGAUAAAUAAUUGUAAGGCUACUUAAUUGAUAUAAGAAGGAACAACAAUUUUGGUGUAUGCUAGAUCAUAUUUGAUUGAGAAUUUCAUAAUAAAUUAUUUUAAAUAAGGAAAGUAAUUGACAAUUUUUGUGGUAGAUAAUCCUUAAUUUGGAGAAGGUUCUCAAUUAGUGAAUCGUUUAUAAUAAUAAGGAAUAUCUUGUUAUCAAAUAUUGUUAUCUCAUGUAAGUUAUAUAUUGUCAAAGGUAUAAUAAUAAUAAUAGUAUAAAAUAGGUUGAUAAAAUAUUAGUAGGAGCAUCAUCAAUGUUAUGUAAUGGAGCUUUAAUAUCUAGAGUAGGAACUGCAUUAUUGGCAUGUUUAGCAUCAACUCAUAAAAUACCAUUUUUAGUAUUUUGUGAAAGUUAUAAAUUCUCAGAAAAGAGUUAGAUUGAUUCUUUAUCUUGGAAUGAGAUAGCAUAAUUAUAAUAGGAGAAUGAAAAAUAAUAGUAUACUUCAUUAAGUCUGAGAUAUGACAUAACAUAAUCAAAUUAUAUUAAUAUGGUAAAAGAAGUAAUUUAAUUUUUUUAGAUAGUGACUGAAGUUGGUUUAAUACCAGCAACUUCAGUUAAAGCAGUAAUUGGAGAAUUCAAAAAAUAUAAUUAUGUAGAUGCAAUCGAAAUUCCAAGAAAAUAUUAAUAAUGAUCAAUGUUUAAUAGGUG